AUGACCGGAGAAUACUUGAACCGCAUUACGUCGGUGCGCCACUGCGGGCCGUUCGUGCGAAUUGAGGGCAACGAAGGCCAGAAUACCUGGCUGCAUUUCGCCAUACCCACGCCCACCGUCCAUGACGGCAACCACACCAAGGCAGAAUCGGUGUCGGUGGCAUUCCGUGCGCGCUCUCACGCCAAGGUGCACGAAGUGCUGGUAUACGACGGCGAAAAGAUUAUCGCGGAGCAUCAGGACCUGGGAUUAAAGGGCGAUCACCUGGACAGUAAAUUUGAGAUUCCCGGCGGUCCGGAAGUGAGAUCGCGGCAUCAACGUGGUGGUCGGCGUCACGUUUGA